CGGGAUGCGGGAGGCGAAGCUGGAGCCCGACGUCAUCACUACAGCGCUGGGAUCAGCGCGUGCGAGAAGGGCGUGCAGUGGCAGCGGGCUUUGUCGCUUCUGCGCGACAUGAGGGAGGCGAAGCUGAUGCCCAACCUCAUCAUCCAGAGCGCUGGGGUCUUGGCUUGCGAUAGAGGCGGGCAAGGGCAACAGGCGACUUGGCUGCUCAGGGAGACGUGGGAUGCGAAGCUUGAGUCCAACGUCGCUAGCUUCAGCGAUGCAAUCAUUAUUGCGAUGCGCGGGAAAGUACAACGCGGGUUUAAGAACGAUCCUGGGAUCAACGCGUGCGAGAACAGCAAUCGGGAACACGGAAAUAGGACCCAACGCCGUCAACUACAAUGCUGA